AUGGUUGUCACGCGCAAGGAGAAGAAGGCAGCCAACCCAAACUACAAGCUCGCGCAGCCAGACAAGUCCGGUCCAACGGGCAAGACCCUGCUCGACAUUGCCCAGGAACGCAAUCUCUUUGCCCAAGCCGACAAGCGACAGGCCAAGCUCGCACGAGGCGCAGAUAGAAGCGAUUCGGACAGCGACGGCGACGACGCCGAUGGUGGCGUGGGCGAUGCAGUGCCAACUUCGGCCGAUAGGCUUAUGGAAGCUGUCCUUUGGAGCGUCAGCCUGACCAUGCUGCAUUUUACUCUCGACGUGCUGGUUCACAAGCAAUAUGCCAUGGACUUUUCGUGGUACCAUGUCAUUAUGAGAUCGGCCAAGAUUGUUUUCAUCUUCUUGUUAUUCUUUUACGUGCUCCAUCCUCACGCAUCCGCUCCCGACUGGAUUCCUGGUCUUCCUCGUCGAUUUCAAGAACCGCUGCGACAAGCCAUAUUCUUCGCCACGAGCGUCGCCUCAAGCUGCCACUUGGUACACAUUACCAACGAGUACGGAUACUUAUUUGUUCUCAAGCGAUCGCCACCACUGGGAUGUCUCUGGGUUUGGGCUGUCAUUGAGCUCGACCUGCCAGUGGCAGUCGCGUCGCUGGCCUGCACCGGAGCCUUUUUCUGGCAAGGAGGCUACAAUUUCGACGCCCCGAAAUAG